CGUCUUUGUUGGCAGGCUAACAGAAGUGCUAUGAAAGCUGGUGGGAAUAGUAAAGAUGCUUUCCUUGCUUUGCCUGCUUCUAAGAUCCCAGCUUUUAUACCUAGCUCAUGGAAACGUAGCUCAGGCCGUGCUGCUCGUUCUAGGCUGACUAACCAAACCUCUUCCUCUUCUUCUAAGUCCUCUAUCCCAUGUCUCAGUUUGAGCUGGCCCAGCUGUAGACCCGUCUCGCCCUCUCAGCGGCCAGAAGGUCAAAGCCUAACCCUCCCUCCACAGACUCAAAAUGGCCAGUCCUGCUCCUAUUCCUACUCAUCCUCCUCCUCCUCUGUCUCUCCGACCUCUACUUCCACUCCAUACCUCCUGUCUCCCCCUGUCAUGUGCCGGGGAGGUGGAGCUGUACACAUGGCCAGCUUCAGCAGCCGCAGGUCUCUGAAGGCCAGCAGGGAUCAAGCCACUAUCACACCAGCAUCCUUUACUGGGAACAUGGCAUGAGCUGUCCAGUUGUCUCUUUUGCUCAUUCUGUUUGCACUCAUUCUAGUGGUAUUUAAGGUGUAACAGAAAUACCGAUUUAGUUAUGCCGUGUAUUUGGGGUGGUGUUUUUGUCUGUGUGCACUUCCACUGAAAUCCAGAAGUGGUUCAGAAUCUAGAGCCGCAUAUUAUGGAUUUUGUUUUGGUAUAUGUGAGGGAUUAAGCUUGACAGUGUUGGCUUUUUAUUUUAUAGAAGUGCGGUUGUUUACUUACAUGAACUAUAUAUAAUAUGCAGUGCUGUUUUAGAGAAAGGAAAUUAAAUGAAUAUAUUAUAAUAUAGAGUUUUAUUUUUAAAUUUGCCGUAUAUUGUGGGGAAACA